AUGUCCCUAUCUAUCAAUGCAGCACCGGACUGUGAAGAUGUUGUGAGGAUGUGGUCCGUUUCGGAACCAAGGCGGAAGAAGAUCCCGGGGCCUCUCGCUACGAAGAGAGAUCGAGGUGGGAUCGCAGUUGGUGUCGUCGGUCUUGAGGAGGAUUUCGUAUACGACGACGUCGUUUUCGAGGUGAAAAUUUCGACGGGAGUGGGGAA